AUGUAUUUGAAUUUGAACGGUGUGUGUGUGGCCGCUAGAGGAUCGGCGGGUGGUUUGGCUCUUCUCUGGCAAAGGGACGUGCAAAUGAGUUUGCAAAACUUACCUCCUAAUCACAUUGAUGCGACUAUUUUUUAUGAAGAAUUGAACAACACUUGGCGUUUUACUGGGUUUUAUGGAAACCCGAAUAAACAGUUGAGAUACCAAUCUUGGUCGCUACUAAGGCAGCUAGCAACAUUAUCAAACGAAGCAUGGAUAUGUGCUGGCGAUUUUAAUGCAAUGCUAUCAAUUUCUGAAAAAGCGGGAGACGGAACAGAUACUACGAGAGAACGUUUGGACAAAGCAUGCGGUAAUUAUGAACGUGUGUACUCUGACCAUAUUCCUUUACUCAUUGAAUGGAGAAGCAAAGUUAUUUCCAACCAGAGAGCUCGGAGUCGGGGCUUUAAGUUUGAAGCAAUGUGGUUGAAAUCUGAGGGUUGCGAGCAGGUUGUUAAAGAAAAUUGGUUUCCUAAUAACUCCCAGCAUAACCUUGGUGAACAAUGGAGUAAUAUGGAGAAUUGUAAAGUGGGUUUACUGCAAUGGAAUCGUGACAAUUUUGGGGCUGUGCGCGACAAAAUUCGGACGCUUAAAGAAAAUAUUUUGAUUUUGAAGAAACAAGUGUUAACCGAAGAGGUUGUUGCUGAUAUUAAAAAAAUGUCAAGCGAGUUGGAUGAGUUAUUGGAUAAAGAAGAGAUGUUAUGGAGGCAACCAGCAAAGGCGCACUGGGUGAGAGAGGGCGACAAAAAUACAAAUUUUUUCCACGCAAAGGCCUCAUCUAGACGAAGGAGGAAUACCAUUUCAGGUUUAUGUGAUUCAGCAGGUGUAUGGUGUGAGAAAGAGUUUGAGCUGGAAAAUAUUGUCUCCGAGUACUUCCGGAAUAUAUUCACAUCUGAACAUCCAUCCAUGGCUGCAAUGGAGGAGGUGUUGGGAGCUAUUGAACCGCUUGUCGGCGAUUCAAUGAAUAAAACACUCCUCGAGGAGUAUACGCAAGAAGAGGUGAAAAGGGCCCUAGAUGAGAUGCAUCCAUUGAAAUCACCGGGGCCUGAUGGUUUUCCAGCGGUUUUUUUCCAGCGUUUCUGGAAUUUGGUGGGCGGCGAUGUGACCAAAUGGGUUCUAAAUUUACUAAACCACCAGGAGAUGCCUUCAAAGGGAAAUUACACCCAUAUAAUGUUGAUUCCCAAAUGUCAGGACCCUAGGAAUAUGACACAAUUUCGGCCGAUUAGUUUGAGCAACGUGGUUUAUAAAAUUGCUUCCAAAGUUAUAGCGAAUCGUCUUAAACCACAUAUGAAUUCUAUCAUAUCUGAAUCUCAAUCGGCUUUUGUUCCUUCUCGAUUAAUUUCGGAUAAUAUUCUGAUCGCAUAUGAAGUUUCUCAUUAUAUUAAGAGGAGUACGGCGGAGCAUAUGGCUUCGGGUCAAAAAGUGAAUUAUCAGAAAUCUAGCAUCGUUUUUAGCAAAACGACUACCUCGGCGAAUAAGGAGAUGAUCAGAACUGCACUUUCAAUGGAAGUAGUUGACAAACACGAUAAAUACUUGGGACUCCCCUCAGUGAUAGGAAAAUCAAAACGAGAAGUAUUCGGUCAUAUCAGAGACAGAGACAGGGUUUGCAAACGUCUUCAAGGAUGGAAGGAGAAAUGGCUAUCGAAGGGAGGAAAAGAAAUCCUUAUCAAGGCUGUGAUUCAAGCCAUCCAUACGUACGCAAUGAGUCGCUUCAAACUUCCAAGGUAUUUUACGGAUGAAGUUGAGGGGUCUAUGGCUAAGUUUUGGUGGAAUGAUAAUCGAGGGAAGGGGAUUCAUUGGAUUAAAUGGCACGAUAUGUGCUUGAGCAAAGAUUUUGGAGGUCUCGGUUUUCGCAACUUAGACGCUUUCAACACAGCUCUUCUUGCUAAACAAGUUUGGCGUCUUUUGGUUUCGCCGGAUAGCUUAUUAGCAAGGAUAUACAAGGCGCGGUACUACCCACAAUCUGAUAUUUUUGGUGCAUCGUUAGGAUCAAAUCCAUCAUACACGUGGAGAAGUAUAUGGGGUGCUAUAUCUCUGUUAGAUAAGGGUACUCGAUGGAGAAUUUGA